AUGGAUCCUCUUGAUGCUACAGUGUCAGUAAUGGGCUGGUUUUGCCCUAAUUGUUCAGUUGAAGUUUCCAAAGAAAACACUUAUUGUCAAGUAUGUUUGUAUGCCCGUCCAAUGGAUCGCCAGGGUGUGCCACAAAUUUUUGCCGGAUAUAAAAUACACUUUAAUGGUGUUAUUCCUCGAACCCUUAAACACCCAAGUCACGCCGUGGAAUGGCGUAUGGCUGAACGCCACGGAGCUAUAUGCGUGGUUCCAUUUGAUCUUACCCAAAUAAAUUUACUGAUCUAUCGUACAGGAUAUGAACGAAGUGACAAGGUGCGAAAGUGUGUGGAAAAUGAUAACAGUGUUCCUGCAGUACCAGUUACAUGGAUGCUUGACUGUCUCCUUCAAUCUCGUCAGAUUCACACUGCACUUUACCGUCUUAAUUCUAUUCCUGCCGUAGCGCAGCCAGCAGGAAAAGGUACAGUUCUUCCUCACCAUCAGCAUCCAUAUUAUCUUAUGAAUGUGGAAGAGUAUGCUAUUCCAACAUCUUUUCCAGCUGAAAGAAAGAAAAAAAGUUCAAUUGGGGCUGGUAAAGAUAUUCCAUUGGGAGCCGAUGCAAACCUUCCUCCAUUCUUUGAAUUACAAGACUACCAGUACACCAAUGUUAAUAUAUUUAAAGCUGUUUGUGAUACAUUGGGAUCCAAAAAUCUGGGUGAUGAUGAUAAUAAUCAAUAUGAUGACGAACGUGAAAAACGUGAGCGGUUGGCAAACAUUGAGAUUCUUAAAUGUGAACAGAGGCAUAACCAUGUAGACAAACUUCUCUUCAGUGGUAUGAAAUUUCUUCUGACUCCUUCUCUUGAAUCAGAUCCAGAAGUAACGCAAGCACUCAAAUCUUGUGGUGGUUCAAUUAUCAGCUUAUCAGAAGGUAGUAUUCCAGAAUUAUUACGAUCAUCUGUUACUCACGUACUGUACGGUCAAGGCGAAAAGAAAAGUGAUGUCAUGAUUGAGGCAGCACAAGUAAAGAAGGAGUUUCCAGGACUCGCCUUGCUUCAGGUGAACUGGGCUGAGGAUUGUUUUAUGCUCGGUGAAGUCAUUCCCCCGUAUGGACAGUAUGUUCCAACACAGAAGUUACUGGAGACUCUCUCAAAGAAGUAUGAGAGACGGUGA